CUCUUUAGCCGGUAAAUAUAAGUCGUGCGCUACCAGUAAAUCGUGUUCCUACCAGCUUGCAUGUUGUGCUAACUGUUCUGUUCCGAUAGCAAUUACUACGUUUCUAAUGACUGAUAAUUGUUUAUCGCAAAUAAAUGAAUUCAACCGUGUUAUUUGGGGAGGUUCUGACGUUAAGACAGACUUAUUUAAGCGUUGGUGUCAAGUCCUGUUGAAUUUAGUGCUUUGAUACAGUCAACAGGUGGUCCAUGUGCUGUUAUUGCUACUACUCAGGCGACUAUUAUGUAUGAAAUUUUGUUUGUUCGAAAGCAGAAUUUGACUGAUAUCACAGAUAUUGAAAAUAUGGACAUACUACUUAAUGCACUCUUAAGAAUCCUUUUACUGGUUUCAUGUGAUUGUCAAGCUCACUUUUACUGGGUUUACUGGUGCGAAAGUGAAGAGGCAGGGGUUAUCGACAGGUCAGUAGAAAUGGCUUCAUCGGGUCAAGCUAACCCCAGUACGCCAAAUGAGACCUCUGUUUGCAGUGACUUGAAGGAUUCUAAUGUGAACCAGCCAGACGAUUAUGCUUUCCAGAAGUUCACUAGUGGGCUAAGGUGUUCUGAAACUGAAACUGUUGAAGAGUUGCGUGCAAUCGCCUUUUCAUUGCUACCUCAAAUCACAUCAAAGUAUGGAGUUUUAUGCUUUCUGUACUCGGUUUUGUUUACCCACGGACUUCAGUCACUUAAAAAUGAAAUGAAUGGUGAGAUGGAUGCUUUAAUUGAUCCAGUUCAUGGUCAUGCCAGUCAAUGUUUAAUUAAUUUACUGAUCACUGGCGAAAGCACACCAUAUUUAUUCGAUGGUGAGCGAGAUCUUGGAGGCUUCACUCUAAAAGGUGUAUCUAAACAGCCGAAGACUGGUUUUUUGACCUUCGUUGAAGCAAUGAGGUAUUGUGAAGUCGGGUGGUUUUUAAAGAAUCCCUACUACCCAGUGUGGAUUUUGGGUUCAGAAACACAUUUAACUGUCCUUGCAUCUCCAGACAUGUCGUUAGUGUCUAAAAAUGUGAAACCGGACAACAAUUUAUCCAUAUCAAAUGUACGUCGAGCUGAACUUGAGUUCGGUUAUCUAAGUCCAGACCAAGAUACAGGCGGUUUUCUCAGUUCAUCAGAUCUGGAGAAGUUACUAAUUAAACUAAAACUUUCUACAGGAUCCCUUUCAAUAGACGAUUUAACUGCAAAGUUGGACCCUGAAGGCUUGGGAAUAAUUUUGAAAAAGGAUUUUUUACAGUUCUUCUUCCAGAAGAGAUGGCCAGACGAUGUACAGAAGUCAGCAACUUUCAGCUAAUUCAUUACAAUGGUUUAGAACAUUCAAAUAUCGAUGGACAGGUGGCUUAUAUCCCAGAUCAAUAUACGCUGUAUGACAUGGGCGGCCAAAAACUGUUCAAAGAACACUUCAAUUGAAGUCUUCAUUGUUACCAUGCAACAGUAGUUCUUCUGGAUAGGUGGGCUGUUCUAUCUCUUUGACGUUUCCACAAUGUUUCUAAUUUUUCACCAACUUUGUCAAGAAAGACUUCAUGAGGAUCACGAAAUUGAAGCUGAUGCCUCUAAUUUUAGAAAAAUCAUUCAGGGAUAUGAAUUUUUUAUAAAAUUACUGUGAAACACUUCUCUCUGUUUGGAUAUGGUUCGCUUGGAAGGUAGAGUUUCUUGUUCCAUUUUUCUGAUUGCUCUAAUGGUUUCAAGAAAGAUUGUGGAACUUUGCGUAUGAUUGUUUCGUCACAGUUGAUACCCCAUACUAUAUUAGUCAAUCCG